CUUUCUCUCUCUUUAGACCUCCAUCUGUCCAUCACUCUUUUAAGCCGCCCCCCAUGCAUCUUCCCAACCCCUCAAUGAUACAAACAUCAUCCAUCAUUCAUCAGGAGAGCAGCAUCGCAUCUGUGGGUCUCUUCCCCAAGGGGCAACCUACCACAUAGUACUACCGAAAAUGGUGCUGCUCUCCUCCAGCGGCGGCCGCCGCGGUCUGAUGGUCGUGCCGUGCCUCGCGGCGGCGGUGGUGGCCGCGCUGGCCGUCACGGCCCCGCCGCUCGGCGCCGAGGCGUACAAGAACUACACCGUCGGCGACGACAAGGGCUGGUACGACGGCCUCACCCUGCCGGGGGUCGACUACCAGGCCUGGGCUGACGGCAAAAACUUCAGCCUCGGGGAUUUUCUCAUCUUCAACACGGACAAGAACCACUCGGUGGUGCAGACGCGGAACGGGACGCUAUACAAGAGCUGCGACUACAACGACUCGGGCCCCGACGACACCGUCGAGUGGUCCGCCGCGGCGCCGGAGUUCAGCAAGGACGCCGUCACCGUCGCCGUGCCGCUCCUCAAGGAGGGGCGCGCCUACUUCUUCUCGGGCAACUACGACGGCGAGCAGUGCGAGAGCGGGCAGCGCUUCGCCAUCGACGUGGCCCACGGCCAGGGCCUGCCGCCUGACCUCAGGCCCCCCGUCGCCGACGCGCCGGCGCCCUCCUCCUCCGCAGGGACCGCCGACGGCGGCGCGGCCGCGCUCGACUUCAGCCACCCCAAGAAUGUCACCACGCCCAGCUCCGCGGACGACGACGGCGGCGGCGAACCGAGCGGUGGUGGCACCACCUCCGGCUCCUCCUCCACUUGUCGGACUCUUGCCAGCCAGCUGAGGUCCCCUCUGGCCGUGACCGUGACGCUGCUCAUCACCUUGCUCUUCGUGAUGUAGGUGGCAUACGUUAGUCUCUCCUUUGUUUGUGUGGUGCUUGGGCCUGAUCAUUAAUUUAUUUACUGUACUAGCUAGCUAGUCAAAUAGAAUGGUUUCUAUAUGUAGAUGAAAUGUUUUCACUUGUAUAUUCUGCUGGCUAUUUAUUUGAUUUGUACCGUGUUUCAUAUAAUAAUAAUGGAUCUGGAUAAAUAAUCUCAUUCUUUGGAACAAGCAA